AUGCCCCCGCAACCGGAAAGGAACCCGCCGACGGCGGAAGCACCAGCCCCCAACACGAUCCCUCACCCCAAGGGAGCCCGCCCCGGCACACCCCAUGCCCGACCCUCGACACAGGACCGCCCCACCCAGGGAUGCAGGAGGCAUCGCCUCCCCCCUCACUCGACGGAGGCCUGGCAAAUCCCCGGAGAGGGAGUGCCGCGCCCCCAAGCCGCGGGGAGGCCGAGCAUCAGAGCUGAGAAGGCGAGACCAGCAGCAACCGGAAGCCAGACCACCCACCCGCCCCCAGAACCGACGGCACACCACCCACGCACCGGAGCACCACCCCCGACAAGCCCGCAGACAGACCCGGGGAAGGUAAAGACUUGGACAGCAGCCCAGCAAAGCACAAAGACCUACGCCCAAGGGCCCGGCAGAGCACCACACCCCUGGCAGACCGGCCCCAGGGUACACGCUCACCACCCCCCGCCCGUCACCCAGGCCCACGGUCCCCAUGAGCAAGACCAAGCCCCACCCGACCAGACAGCCCGGCCCCCCAGCAGCCACUAUGGUGGCAUGCAGGCCACCAGUAGCACAGCACCGCCCCCUGGAGACUGCCGCAUCCCCCCCAAGCUCACAGAAGUGCCCACGGCCCAGGUCAGUCCAAGGGAAGCACCGCAAGCCACCCCCCCGGCGUAA